UCCAGCUCCAGCUGGGCCUGAAGUUUCCGAGCUCCGAGCUCCGAGCUGCCACUGGCAGACUCAGGCCCUCGGCUCCCAGCCCGCCACCCGCGCCAUGGCCACGAAAGUAGACGGCAGGCCUGGGGGGCUCCCCGGCAGUGGCGGCAACACGGGUGCAGCCAGCGAGCACAUGCAGGCGGUCACUCGUAACUAUAUCACCCACCCCCGCGUCAGGGGAAUGGAGAGAUUCCGUCCUGGUGAUAGCCAAGGAGAAGGCAGUUCACGGCCACAGCUGGGGACCAGAAGCUUUUCCAAAAGCUGUGACUCAGAGGCCUACAGGACCGUGUGCAGCGUCAACGGGCCACUGGUGGUGCUGGACCAAGUCAAGUUUGCCCAGUAUGCUGAGAUUGUCAACUUCACCCUCCCCAACGGGGCUCAGAGGAGUGGGCAAGUGCUUGAGGUGGCUGGGACCAAAGCAAUUGUUCAGGUGUUUGAAGGGACCUCUGGAAUCGAUGCCCAAAAGACCACCUGUGAAUUCACUGGGGACAUCCUACGGACUCCAGUGUCAGAGGACAUGCUGGGUCGCAUUUUCAAUGGCUCCGGCAAACCCAUAGACAAGGGGCCAGUGGUGAUGGCAGAGGACUUUCUGGAUAUCAAUGGCCAGCCCAUCAACCCCUAUGACCGCAUCUACCCCGAGGAGAUGAUUCAGACGGGGAUCUCCCCCAUCGAUGUCAUGAACAGCAUUGCCCGCGGGCAGAAGAUCCCCAUCUUCUCCGCAGCCGGGCUCCCCCACAAUGAGAUAGCUGCCCAGAUCUGCCGCCAGGCUGGGCUGGUGAAGAAGUCCAAAGCCGUGCUGGAUUACCAUGAUGACAACUUUGCCAUUGUCUUUGCAGCUAUGGGGGUGAACAUGGAGACGGCCCGGUUCUUCAAGUCCGACUUUGAGCAGAACGGAGCCAUGGGGAACGUCUGCCUCUUCCUGAACUUGGCCAACGACCCCACGAUCGAGCGGAUCAUCACCCCACGCCUGGCGCUGACCACCGCCGAAUUCCUCGCCUACCAGUGUGAGAAGCACGUGCUGGUCAUACUGACUGACAUGAGCUCCUACGCAGAGGCCUUGCGGGAGGUCUCCGCUGCCAGGGAGGAGGUGCCUGGGCGACGAGGUUUCCCUGGAUACAUGUACACAGAUCUGGCUACCAUCUACGAGCGAGCGGGCCGCGUGGAGGGCCGGGGCGGCUCCAUCACGCAGAUCCCCAUCCUCACCAUGCCCAACGACGAUAUCACCCAUCCCAUCCCUGACCUGACGGGCUUCAUCACAGAAGGACAGAUCUAUGUGGACAGACAGCUUCAUAACAGACAGAUCUACCCCCCUAUCAACGUGCUCCCUUCCCUGUCCCGGCUGAUGAAGUCCGCCAUUGGCGACGGCAUGACCAGAAAGGACCACGGCGAUGUCUCCAACCAGCUGUACGCCUGCUACGCCAUCGGGAAGGACGUGCAGGCCAUGAAGGCGGUGGUCGGCGAGGAGGCGCUCACUGCCGAGGACCUGCUCUACCUGGAAUUCCUGCAGAAGUUCGAGAAGAACUUCAUCAACCAGGGUCCCUAUGAGAACCGCUCGGUGUUCGAGUCGCUAGACCUGGGCUGGCAGCUGCUGCGCAUCUUCCCCAAAGAGAUGCUGAAGCGCAUCCCGCAGAGCGUGGUCGACGAGUUCUACCCCCGCGAGGGGGCGCCGCAGGACGCCGAGCCCGACACGGCGCCUGACACGGCGCUCUAGCCCCGCCCCGGCGCGCUAGCCCCGCCCCUCCGGGCCAAGCCCGCCGUUUGCGACCCUGCCCCCCCCCCUCCCCGCGGUCUCCACCCGCCGCAGCCAACCGCUUCCGCCCGCCCUCAGCGCCCCGCGGCGAUGGAGGCUCCCACACUCCAUCCCUCUCCGUGGGCCCCGCCGCUGGGAGAGAACAGAAGGGUGUUAAAGGCUGAAUUCUAUGUCCUGCUCUGACAGGAGCACCUGUGUUUCCAUUUUAAAGUCCCACCCCACCCCCCAUAAGUAACUGAGGUGAAAAAUUUAUUAUCUUAGAUGAAAACGGGUUGGAAAAACAGUGAUAACUGGUGAAGCUGGGUGAUGGGUAUAUGAGGGUCAUUAAAUGAUUCUCUCCGUUUAAAAAAAAAAUUAGCGUCUUAGCUGACAGAAUUCCUCGUAGGAAGAUAAUUAUCUUUGUUAAGAAAUAUCUUGAUAAAUUUCUUGGGUGGAACAGGAGUUCGGGGUACAGAAGGACAACCAAGGCCACAAAAGCUCUGCCUGAGGGAUGCUGUUUGCUGCAGAGAGGAGGGAGAGGAGU